CUGAGCUCGCGCUUGUUUAAGGGACUCCCCCUCCCCUCCCUCCAAUCUAGAAGCCUGGAGAGAUGCCCAGAUUGCCAGGCUCUGGGUGCGCGCUGCUGUGCGCCCUUCCCUGCGCAUCGAGGGUAGAGAGUAGACGGCGGCUCCCCAGGUGCCGAGCCAGGAUGGGGAGGUGGGAGGGACCUGGCGCCCCAGGACACGCCCUGCCAAUCCCCAGAGACCUGGAUCGGCUCAGCCCGGAUCGCGAUCGCCGGCGAUAUAAGUCAUCCGCGGAGGAAGAGGGCACGGCGUGGCCAGCCCGGACUCGAGGGAGGGCAAGCAGGCGCCGCUGUACCGACUCCGCCACCUGCCACCUGGCCCGCUGCAGCCCCCUGCCUGCCGCCCCCACUGACCAGAAGUCGGAGAGGACGGGUCUGCUGCCCGGCCGCGCAGGAGUGAGAAGCCAGGCAGAACUUCCACCUUCGGGACCGAAGCGCUGCUCCCCUUGCGCCGGAGUCCGCGUUGAGUCAGGAUGGUGGGACACACAGCAUCAGACGUGCCCCCUACCAUGGCGGUCAAGAUCUUCUCGGCGGGGGUGGCGGCCUGCGUGGCUGACAUAAUCACCUUCCCGCUGGACACCGCCAAAGUCCGGCUACAGAUCCAGGGCGAAUGCCUGACCUCCAGUGCCUUUAGGUAUAAAGGUGUCCUGGGAACAAUCAUCACUCUGGCAAAAACAGAAGGGCCCGUGAAACUCUACAGCGGGCUGCCUGCUGGUCUCCAGAGACAAAUAAGCUUCGCUUCUCUUAGGAUUGGCCUCUAUGAUACUGUCCAGGAGUUCUUCACCACAGGGAAAGAAGCUAGUUUAGGAAGCAAGAUCUCAGCGGGCCUAACAACUGGAGGCGUGGCCGUGUUCAUUGGGCAACCCACAGAGGUGGUCAAGGUCAGACUGCAAGCACAGAGCCAUCUCCACGGUCCCAAACCUCGAUAUACUGGGACUUACAAUGCUUACAGGAUUAUAGCAACAACAGAAGGCUUGACGGGGCUUUGGAAAGGGACUACUCCCAAUCUGACAAGAAACGUCAUCAUCAACUGUACAGAGCUUGUAACGUAUGACCUAAUGAAGGAGGCCCUUGUGAAAAACAAACUAUUAGCAGACGACGUGCCCUGCCACUGCGUGUCCGCUGUUGUUGCUGGAUUCUGCACAACGGUUCUGUCCUCGCCAGUGGAUGUGGUGAAAACCCGAUUUGUUAACUCUUCACCAGGACAGUACACAAGUGUGCCCAACUGCGCAAGGAUGAUGCUCACUAGGGAAGGGCCGUCAGCUUUUUUCAAAGGAUUUAUACCUUCCUUCUUGCGACUGGGAUCCUGGAACAUCAUCAUGUUUGUGUGCUUCGAACAGCUGAAGCGAGAACUGAUGAAGUCGAGGCAGACCAUGGACUGUGCAACCUAGUCCUCCUCGGGAAGAAGAUGGAACAGACCGGUGGGGAUCUUUGCUAACCAGAUAAUUUUAAAAAGCGAGCAAAACUAUUCACUUUAUUUCACCCAGAUAAGGAAAUUCUGAGAGUUCUGAACUAUUUUUUUUCCAAGGGAAAACUACUAUUUCCUAUGACUUUUAUUCUCAGUAUUUUAAGGAAGGGAAAAGCAAAACAUUCAAUAUAUACCCUGGCAAAUGUACUAUCCAGAUAAGCUACUGUACUUAAUUGACUAAUGGGGAGGGAUUUUAUGAUUGAAUAUGAAGAACUUUAACAUGUUCUCAUUAUUAAUUCAAUUAUUAAUUGAUGGAAAAGGAAAACUGAGUGAAAUACACUUUAUCAAUACUUAAAAACGAAGUUUCCUUUUUAUUUAUUAACCCCAUUGUCAGUUAAUAUAUUCAAUAAAAUAUUGCUAAUA